CGUAGUCGUACCCUGAAAAAGUUGUCAAGUGUCAACUGGAUUUUAGAUUCAAUUAUGCAAGAAGAAAAUUAAAUGAAGCGUUAUAUCACUUAUGCAUUUGUUGAUACUUUGCAGGAACCAUAUUAAACCUGCAAAUUUUGAUUUUCUCGUGAUCGAAUAUUAUGGAAAACAAAAGUAGCAAUAACUUUAUUAGUUACGUAGGAUUAGAGGAGCACGAGCUACAGACCUUUAGUUCCAGCCGACGUAAUUCAUUAGUUGAAAAUAGCAUAAAAUUAUUGCCAGGAGAAGUUCUUAUUGCCGAGGCGCAAAGUGUUCUUAUGUUUUUACCCGUUAGUGAUCUAAAACAAGGCAUAUCUGGUAUUUUGUCAGUCACCAAUUUUAAACUUACCUUUGUUACCAGUGGUGAUUCAAAUGGAGAGAAUGUUACUCGGCAACAAAAUCAUUUGUAUGGAUAUACGGAUACGUGCUUGACAAAUAUUGAUGAAAUUUACAUUAUGAUAGGAGAUAAGAAAAGAAAGUUAGUUCCUGGUAAUACGGUACCAUCGAAAGUAAAAGGGAUAUUUAUUAUUUGUAAAAAUCUAAGAACAUGGUCGUUUUCUUUCAAAUUUUCACCUCUUGGACAUGGUAAGAAUCUUCUGACUGCACUAUUACAUCAUGCUUUUCCUAGCAGGCACCAACUGUUAUUUGCCUACGAUUACAAAGAGGCUUACUACUGUAGUCUUGACAAAAAUGUACAGCUAUUUCGGGAUAUUUCAGACUGGCAAAACGAAUUGAAAAGAACAUUGUGUAGCGACGAGACGAGAAAAGGUUGGAGAUUAUCUAUGGUUAAUGCCAAGUUUCAACUUUGUCCCAGUUUAUCGCAAUAUGUAGUGGUACCUGCGUCUGUGACGGACAAUCAGUUGACAGAUGCAGCUAGACAUUUUCAAGGUAAUAGACCACCAGUAUGGUCCUGGACGAAUUCCCAUGGUGCAGCAUUAGUAAAAAUGUCUGAAUUAUUACCAACAAUUACAGAGAGGAUGCAGGAGAAUAUUAUGUUUGAAAAUGUUCGUAAAAGCCAUCCUCAAAAGAUACCACCGGUUGUUAUCGAAUUGAACAAAGAAAUUAAUGUAAAGUUAAUAGCAGCAAGUUUCACUAAAUUUAUUAACUUGUGCACACCAGAAAACAUCAGACAAUUCUGGAUUCAAGAUAAUAAUUUUUAUUCAUUAUUAGAAAACACAAAAUGGCUUAAAUACAUAUCGUAUUGCCUACAAAAGACAGUUGAAGUUUGCGAUCGUCUUAAUUUAGGAAUUUCCGUCAUCUUACAAGAAGGUGCUGCUAGAGACUUGUGCUGCGUUAUAUCGAGUUUAGCGCAAUUGUUGCUGGAUCAUCACUUUCGUACUAUAGCAGGCUUUCAAUCGUUAUUACAAAAGGAAUGGGUCGCUGGUGGCCAUCCGUUUUGUGAUAGAUUAGGUCACAUCGUGAAAGCUAAUUCAGAAAAGUCUCCAUUGUUUCUUUUAUACCUCGACUGUGUGUGGCAAUUGUGUCAACAAUAUCCAACAGAAUUUGAAUUUACGGAAACGUACUUGACCACACUAUGGGAUGCAGCACAUGUUUCCAUUUUUGAUACCUUUAUCUUUAACUGUGAGAGAGAUCGGGCAGUGGCAGCUAUGGAUCCCAACACACCUCUUGUACUUCGUAGCGUUUGGGACUGGCGAGAACAAUUCAACGAUCAAGACAUCUUGUUGUUUUAUAAUCCUUUAUUUAUUCCCUGUAGUUCCACCAACAAGAUAAAAACGGAAAACGGAACAAUUAUAAAGCCUUUGUACGCGAUUUCUAGUCUCGAGCUUUGGACGCAAUGCUAUUUUCGUUGGAUACCGACACUUGAAAUUCGUAACGGCGGACAAAGACAUAUCGAACUUUAUAUUAGGUUACUUCAAAACGACAUAAAUCAACAUGGAAUAAACGAAAGCUGCGUUUCACCGAUAGAUAAGGUCGGUAUCUGUUCUCUUCAUACAAAUAUCGAUAGCUUUUAUCCCUUUAGUAAUAAUAGGUCAGGGAAUACUGUAAGUGCGCCGAUUAUGAAUAGUUCGAUCCUUCUAAGUGAGAGUUUAUUAGACGCGCAAUCAGUAAUAACUGCGAUUGAUUGACAGUAUCUCAACACGCUGUUUUUACGGCAUUCAAAAUGCGUACCUGAUUACAUUCCCUUUCCUUCUAGCGUAAAACAAAAUGUUUGUUUCGAAAGAUCUUUUUAAAAAGAUAUAACUUGUCAAAGCAUUUCUAAAGGAAAGAGCAUUUUCCAGGAACAUUGGCUACGUUUACACCAUGUAUUUAGGUCAUGUCCUACAAUAGAUGUCCUUGUUUAUUCUGUAAGUUAAACAAAAACAUCUAUCGUAUAAGUCGCAGACUAAGCGCACGGUGUAAAGUCCGAUGUCCACGAUACUAGAAAUCGGUCCGAGAUCUCGGAGAGAAAAAAUUAACAAAUCACAUUUGAACAAUUUGAUCACAUGACUAUUGCGAUUGGUCAAUUCUCUCUUCCGAGGUCUCGGACCGAUUUCUAGCAUCGUGGACAUAAGACUUAAACGUAAUUAUUAUAGAUAUAUUUGAUUCAUCAGGUCAUGUUUUUCCGCCAUUACUCAAUGUAAAUUUGUAUUGAAGAAUAGGAGCUUUAUAAAAUAUAUGUCCAUGAGAAAUUAGUUGCGUUGCAUUAUUGAGAGCAGCUCGAAUUCUUUUCUAAGCGAUAGGAAUAUUUAUAUCUUGACAAAUUUUAUAAACGCUAUUGGCGGAUAUUAGCAAAGAUGAAUUAAUUUUACACACACACACACACACACACACACACACACACACACACACACGACCUCAACAAAUAUCAACUAUAACACAAUUGUUAUAAUUUUCUACUUAACAUAACUGUAAUAUAACAUAACAGUUAUAUUAUUGAAUGGGAGGAAAUUAUAAUUAAUAGUUAUGUUACUGUUUGGCAUUUUGUUGGGAUCAUAGGCAUAAGAAUAGAUCGAGCGUGUCCUCUACUUUGGUGUGAAGAUCAGGUAAAAAAAAAGGAGAGAGCAAUUGUCGUGUAGCUUUCUCUCUCUGCUCGAGCAUACUCAACUGUCUCUCUACUUUCUUUUUUUUUCCUCCCCCCCCCCCCGCACUCUUUCCUUAUCAGAAAGAGAAAGCUACACGCAUGGUGGAAGGGGUAACAUGGUAUGUGCAAUUUGCAAGCAUCUCUCUCUGAAUCUCCGCCUUCAAAGAGAAACAUAAAAUGUGUUCUCUUUCAAUAGAAAAAGAAACAAAGUGUGUUAAAUAAGGAAAGAUUCAGUACCAAUUUCACGACGCGAAACAGACCGGUAUUCAUAGUCGAUUCUUGCAUUUAAGACUGUCUUAGCAUCUUAAGACAUUAUUUAAGACGGUUUUAAAAUAAAAACGAAUUAUGAAUAUCGCAUGUUUAGCGUUACACAGUUGGCAGCUUCUUAGUCUCUUAUGCGACGUUCAUAGACAGAGACGGCGGAAUUAUCCCUUCUACCAUGGUUACACGGCCAUGGUUCCAUUAUUUAUUCUUUUCUACCUAGUUUUCACGUUUCAAACCUCACGCUCAAUCUAUCCUUGUUAUGUCUAUGGCCGGUAUUCAUAUCAUAUUUAGUCUUAUUUCAAGAUUGUCUUAAGUAAUGUCUUAAGACGCUAAUGUAGCCUUCUGAUUGAUUCUGAUUGGUUGACUUAAGACGGGCUUG